CUUUCUCAGAAAACCGAAAACUAGAUACCGGUGGAGGUUGAGGACAUAAACGACACCGUUGGCGCCAAUUAUCCUCUCUCACAGUGAGUGGUGGGGAAAAAAGAAACUAUUACUAGGACUAUUUCUUCCCAAAAAAAAGGAGCAAAUGUUGAAUACUUUGGGGGAAAAUGGGUGGCGGUGUGGUGAUGUUUGGCAGCGGAGACGGCGUGGCUGCAAAAUAGUGAGUGGAGUAGAGAGGUGGCAAGUGCUCGAGCAAGUGGACAAGGAAUUGAGCAAAGGCGAUGAGAGGGCUGCUCUCAAUCUCGUCAGGGCCAACCCCGCCGCUCUCCGCUGCUUCGGCGCCGCCCGUCAGAUUCCACAGAGGCUGUAUACUCUAGAUGAGCUGAGAUUGAACGGGAUAGAAACUGCAUCUCUUCUAUCCCCAGUCGACACCACGCUGACCUCAAUUGAAAGGAGCAUUCAAGCCGCUGCUCUUUUGGGGGGGACUGCAGUGUGGAAAUUAUUUGACCUCACCCCUCAGCACAUCUUUUUCAUCUCUCUUGGAUUGCUGUUCCUCUGGACUCUGGAUGCGGUUUCUUUCAACGGCGGGGUCAGUUUCUUGAUUCUGGAUACGCUCGGCCAUUCUUUCAGCCAAAAGUAUCAUAGUAGGGUUGUUCAACACGAGGCGGGCCAUUUCUUGAUUGCGUAUCUGCUCGGGAUCCUGCCAAAGGGCUACACUCUCACCAGCUUGGAAGCUCUCAAGAAGGAAGGAUCCCUUAAUGUUCAAGCAGGGACUGCUUUUGUAGACUUGGAAUUUCUUGAGGAAGUGAACACCGGAAAAGUAUCAGCCAGUACACUCAACACAUUCUCAUGUAUAGCGCUAGCUGGUGUGGCAACAGAGUAUCUGCUGUUCGGUGCAGCAGAAGGCGGUCUCUCAGAUAUCAAUACGUUGGACAGACUACUUGGGAGCCUCGGAUUCACUCAGAAGAAGGCCGAUGCCCAAGUGAGAUGGGCUGUUCUGAACACUAUCUUGCUUCUCCGUCGCCAUGAAAGAACUCGAGCAGUACUAGCAGAAGCCAUGGCUGAGGGAAAAUCUGUUGGCUCAUGUGUUGACAUGAUUGAGAAAUCCAUAGAUAUUGCAGAGCUCUAACCAUGAUUGAGAAAUAUCUGCUAUCUAUUUGAACAAUAUGACUUAUAUGUUUUAUUUUUUGACUAAAAUCCAUUUUUAAUUUUUGGUCCUCAA